CACGUUUUAUGAAAAGAAGAAAAACGUGUUGAAUAAAAUGGUCAAAACUCAUAACAUUAAAUGAAACGAUUAGUUUCCAAUUGGCCCCAAAUCUUCUUCAAUAUUCCUUCCAAUUCCCUCCAUUGACGCUAAUCGCGAAAAACCCUUUUUUCAUCGCUUGUGUACACUUGUAGCGUCAAGAGAAAUGGACGAGUCAUCUAAGGUUUCAUCACAACAGGAGGAGGAAGUCAUUAAGAAGAAGUACGGAGGUAUCGUGCCAAAAAAGCCACCACUUAUUUCUAAGGAUCAUGAACGGGCUUAUUUUGAUUCAGCCGACUGGGCUCUUGGAAAGCAAGGUGUAGAGAAGCCUAAAGGACCUCUUGAGGCGCUUCGGCCUAAACUGCAACCAACUCAACAGCAAACGCGAUAUAGGAAAUCACCUUGUGCGCCAGCAGAUGGAGAUGAUGGUACACAAGCAGCAGAAGACACACCCAUGAAUGCAUGAGAAAGUGAUGAUCUCAUCAAACAACUUAUAAAUUCUCUCUCUCUCUCUCUCUCUCAUGAUUAAAUACAUGCACUGCAAACUUAUUAUGAUACAAAUAUGGAACUGCCAUUCUUUUCUUUUUAAUCUUUUUUUUUUUUUUUUUCUGUUUUCUGUUUGACUUCAAUCCAAUAUUUCAACUAGAUUUAAUGUUCCAAAAUAGUCUUGACUUUGACUUUUGUGGUUCA